UACUGAAAACAAAGAAAUCGUAAAUUGCGUAUCGUCGAUAAAUAAAUUAAUUUUCACCAAAUAAAAUUUGAAUUAAUUGUCAAUAAAGUCGUGAUCUGAAGUGUGCAACAUGUCUUACGCAUAUUUAUUCAAGUACAUCAUUAUCGGGGACACUGGUGUCGGAAAAUCAUGUCUUUUGCUUCAAUUUACGGAUAAAAGAUUCCAACCUGUCCAUGAUCUGACAAUUGGCGUUGAAUUCGGUGCCCGAAUGAUUACUAUCGAUGGAAAGCAAAUCAAAUUACAGAUUUGGGAUACUGCUGGUCAAGAAGCCUUUAGAUCAAUUACUCGUUCAUAUUAUCGAGGAGCAGCUGGCGCGUUGCUUGUCUACGACAUCACCCGCAGAGAAACAUUCAAUCACUUGACAACCUGGCUCGAAGAUGCCAGACAACACUCCAACUCGAAUAUGGUGAUAAUGCUAAUCGGCAACAAGAGUGAUUUGGAAUCACGUCGCGAAGUGAAAAAAGAAGAAGGAGAAGCAUUUGCACGCGAACAUGGUCUCGUAUUUAUGGAAACAUCUGCACGGACUGCCGCAAAUGUCGAAGAAGCAUUCAUCAAUACGGCCAAAGAGAUUUACGACAAAAUUCAGGAAGGUGUCUUCGAUAUAAACAACGAGGCAAACGGCAUCAAAAUAGGACAACAACAUUCACCGGUCAAUCCAGCGUUAGGCGGCUCAAAUGUUCCCGGGGGACAAUCAAGUAACGGCUGUUGUUAAGGACUAAAUUCCGCGAGAGACCCAGAUUUUUUUAUUUCCUAACUAAACCAUUUCAACAUAAAAUAAUAUAAUUAAUUGUGCGCGAAGUCUCCCUUUUAUCGAUUUAAAAACAAAAUAGGUGCAAAAACAUCUUUCGAGUUGUUAAAAUAUUUAUAUUUCUGUUUUUUAAUGCACUUUAUAUAAAAUACAUGCAACAACGUUGCAAAAAUUUAAACAGCGACCUGUUUUCAUAAAAAAAAACAUUUCCUUUUUGUAUGUAUUUAUGACCACGAAUAGUAACAAGAUUAGGAAAUUGUGAAUAAAAUUUAGUCAAAAUAAAAGAACUAACAGACUGAAGAUUCGUUAAAAAAAAAUUAAAUAAAAAUGCAACAAAGUCGCUUUCACUUAAAGAAAAAAAUAUAGGAAAUAUAGGAAGCAGCUUUUACUUUUUUGUUAAUGAAUUUUAUUGCCUCUAACGUAAACAUUACUGAACUGGAGAACACUCGCUUGAACGCUACUUUUGCCUGUGAACAUAUAGAAAAAAUAAAGACAUUUUAUUUCAAAUAAUAAAAACUGUGCGUCUCACAGUAAAAUUUCUUACUUUCACGAUAAACGUCAACAUAUUGCUGUAAAUUUUAAGUAAAUUUCUUUCUCAAAGAAUGUAAUAAAAAUAUAAUCAGUUACUUUAUGGCUCGUGUUUUGUCAAAAAAUUUAAAAAAAAAAAUCUUAAAGAGUGUGUAUGAAUGUUUUAUUUAAUCAAAACAAAAAUGUGAAAUAUAUUAUUUGUUUGUUUAUGUUAAAUUUUAAAUUUACCAGCCAAGCCAACGAAUUGACAAAUCCAAUUGUUUACCAGUUUAACUAAAUAAUUAAUUGAAAACAGAAAUAGAAAAUAAUUAAUUUGUGAUUAUUUUUGUAAAACUAUUCCCAGAUCCGAAAAAAUGUUUUAUUUUCCUCAAAUUUUUUAAACAUAAAUAUUGAAUA